GCGGCGGGAGCGAGCGGAGCCGGACGGACUCACUAGGACAAACAUGAGGAGCGCGGCCAAGGCCUGGAGCCCAGUCAUCAAAGCGGGCAGCCAUGGGGCAGACCGCACGCGGCCCCUCCCGGCAGCCUCAUCGGGCAUGAAGAGCUCGAAGUCCUCCACCUCCCUGGCUUUCGAGUCCCGGCUCAGCAAGCUCAAGAGGGCCAGCAGCGAGGACAUGCUCAACAAACCGGGGAGUACGGCCGCUUCUGGGGGGGUUCGGCUGAAAAAGACUUCGACGGCCGGAGCCAUCUCCGAGCUUGCUGAGAGCCGCCUGAGGAGCAACCCAGGGGCCGUGACAACAGCCAAACGGACAGGCAUCCCAGCUCCUCGAGAACUUUCAGUCACCAUCUCCAGGGAGAGAACUGUGCCGCGCGGCCCCUCCAACCCCAGGAAGUCGGUGUCCAGCCCCACGUCUUCCAGCACCCCCACCCCGACGAAGCCCCUGAGGGCCACGUCGGCAAGACCCAAGCCCGAGAAUGAAGGCGGGGAAAAGGCGGUGCUCGAGGCCCAGGUUCGGGAACUCCUGGCCGAGGCCAAAGCGAAAGACAGCGAAAUCAACAGGCUCCGAAGCGAACUGAAGAAGUGCAAGGAGAAGAAGGCUCCGAGCGCUGGAGGAAGUGACCCUCCCGACGCAGAUGCCACUGGAACGCCCGUCUCCCCCAGUGACUCAGAGCCCUUGGUAAGAGCUCUCGAGGAGAAGAACAGGAAUUUUCAGAAGGAGCUCGCCGAUCUGGAGGAGGAAAACCGGGCCUUGAGGGAGAAACUGACUUAUCUGGAACAUUCCCCAAAUUCAGAGGGAGGCGCCAGUCCCGCCGGGGAGAGCAGCUGCCCCACGUCCUUAACCCAGGAGUCCAGCUUCGGAAGCCCGCCCGGCAAUCAGCUGCCGGGCGGAAUCGACGCGUAUCGGCUCCCCGUCCACGAGAAUGCACUGCGGCCGUCAGGCUCUUCCAGCAGCGACGUCACCAAAGCUUCCUUGUCCCCGGAUGCCUCGGAUUUCGAGCACAUCACGGCGGACACGCCCUCCAGGCCCCUGUCCUCCACCAGCAACCCCUUUAAGGGCUCCAAGUGCUCGACCACAGGCAGCUCCCCCAACAACGCGAGCGAGCUGUCCCUGGCUUCGCUCACGGAGAAGAUCCAGAAGAUGGAGGAAAACCACCACAGCACGGCCGAGGAGCUCCAGGCGACUUUGCAGGAACUGUCAGACCAGCAGCAGAUGGUGCAGGAGCUGACGGCCGAAAACGAGAAACUGGUGGACGAGAAGACGAUUCUAGAGACUUCCUUCCACCAGCAUCGGGAGAGGGCCGAGCAGCUGAGUCAGGAGAACGAGAAGCUGAUAACCCUCCUGCAGGAGCGAGUGAAGAGCCAGGAGCCCGCCGUUCACGAAGGGAAAAUCCUGGAGCUGGAGCAGAAGUGCGCGGAAGUGCUUGACCAGGGCCGCUUCGAAAGAGAGAAGCUGCUUAACAUCCAGCAGCAGCUGAGCUGCAGCCUCCGGAAGGUGGAGGAAGAGAACCAAGGAGCCCUGGAAGUGAUUAAACACCUCAAGGAAGAAAACGAAAAGCUGAACGGGGCUCUGGAGCUGGAACGGCGUAAUCACGGUGCGAUGGCCCAAACCCUGGAAGAGUGCAAAGCGACUCUGGAACGGCUGCAGGUUGAAAAUGGGUCUUUGAAGGCACAUUUGGAGAGUGAGAAGCAGAAAGCGAUGGAGACCAGUCCCGUGGGGCAGACGGCAGAGGCGCGUGAAGUUCAAGAGCUGUUGCGAGUCGCUCGAGCCGAGAAGGAUCAGCUGGAACUGUCUUGCACCGAGCUCAAGCAAGAAUUGCUAAAGGCCCAUGGUGAAGUUAAACAUGUUUCGAGCCGACUGGCCAAGGUGGAAAAGGAGUAUUCUUACUUGAAGGAGAUAUGUGAUUGUCAGGCAGAGCAGCUGAGCAGAACCAGCCUGAAACUGCAAGAGAAAGCGUCCGAGAGCGAUGCGGAGAUUAAAGACAUGAAGGAAACCAUAUUUGAACUGGAAGAUCAGGUGGAACAGCAUCGGGCCGUCAAGCUCCAUAACAACCAGCUCAUCAGUGAGCUAGAAAGCAACGUGAUGAAGCUGGAGGAACAGAAGUCAGACCUGGAAAGGCAGCUAAAGACGCUGACUAAGCAAAUAAAGGAGGAGACGGAGGAGUGGAGGCGGUUCCAGGCGGACCUGCAGACCGCGGUGGUGGUGGCCAACGACAUCAAGUGCGAGGCGCAGCAGGAGCUGCGCACCGUGAAGCGGAGGUUGCUGGAGGAAGAGGAGAAGAACGCGAGGCUGCAGAAGGAGCUGGGGGACAUGCAGGGCCACGGCAGACCUGUGAAUGAAGAGUCAGAGCCCUCCGAGGUCGAUGCUCCCGGCCGGUGGCACAGUGUCUAUGUGAACAGAACGUCCCCGACGCCUUCGGAAUCUGCAACCACCGUUAAGUCCCUCAUCAAGUCUUUUGACUUGGGACGUCCAGGUGGAGCUGGACAGAAUAUCUCUGUCCACAAAACCCCCAGAAGCCCCUUGAGUGGGAUUCCAGUGAGGACCACACCAGCUGCUGCCGUUUCUCCGAUGCAGAGACAUUCAACGUACAGCAGCGUUCGACCAGCCAGCAAAGGUGUGGCUCCGCGUUUGGAUCUUCCAGAACUUCCACUCUCAGAUCUUCUAAAGGGAAGGGGUGAGGACCUGAAACCGGACCCUUACCUCCGCAAGAGCCCCUCGCUCGAGUCUCUGAGCAGACCUCCUUCUCUGGGCUUCGGGAGCACAAGGCUGCUGAGCGCUUCCACGGGGGGCUUGAAACCACAAAGCAAACUCAGUGUGGAGAGAAGAGACCCUCUGGCUGCCUUGGCCCGGGAAUAUGGCGGCUCCAAGCGCAAUGCUCUCCUGAAAUGGUGUCAGAAGAAGACAGAAGGCUAUGCGAACAUCGAUAUCACCAAUUUCAGCAGCAGCUGGAGUGAUGGCUUGGCCUUCUGUGCUCUGCUCCACACCUACCUGCCUGCCCACAUCCCAUAUCAGGAGCUGAACAGCCAGGAGAAAAAAAGGAAUCUCUUGUUGGCAUUUGAAGCCGCUGAAAGUGUAGGCAUCAAACCCAGCCUGGAGCUCAGUGAGAUGCUCUACACCGACCGGCCCGACUGGCAGAGCGUGAUGCAGUACGUGGCCCAGAUCUACAAGUACUUCGAGACGUAAACCCGUGAGGGUCCCCAGAGGGUCCCCAGAGCAGCCACCCGCCGCCCGGUCACUCUGCCCAGGCCCCGCUGCGCCCACCACCCUCAACGCUCAGCCCAGGGGGCCCGCACACACGUAAGAAACGGAGCUGGGUGCCAGUGCACACCCGCUUGUAACCCAGGCGCCCUCCACGAGAACCCGGGACGACAUCCCCCGUCACAUGCGCCGGCGCGACCUCACCCGUGGGCCGUGGAGCCCGCCACACACAGCACUUCCACACCGGCCUUCUCUUCGCUAAAACUCCUUCCCUUUGCCUUUGGAAAGAACUUUACCCUUGGCCACCACCCACCCCCUCCAAAAAACGAACACCCAGCAAAACCCAAAAAGACAAACACGUGCUCUCCAGCAGCCUGGAGAAACGCUGGAGCCCUGCCUUGUGGGGGACCUGGCGCUUGCGUUCUAGGUAACAGUUGUAACACCUAGACCUGGAUGGCGCAUUUAGACUCGCUGUCACCUACUGGAGCCUUCGAGUGGAAGACGGGCCACGCGAGCGUACAGAGCAGCCCCGGGGCGCUCUGCUGCGGUGGCCCCGGGGGGCGGCCUGCGGACAGUGCGUCCGUGUGCGGGGACGCGGUCACGCUGCGAAGCCCCGGGCUCAGCCGCCGCCCCGCGCGCGGGAAAGGGCCGGUCGGCACCUGCCCGCCUGCUGUACCCGCCCCGCGCGGUCACGCCCGCACACGUGAGCCCCGGGGGCCAGCCUGACGGGAAGCCCCCUGCGUGCGAAGCGGCCAGCGCCCACCCAGGGCUCCGCGUGUUUGCACCAACAAGCUGAAGAGGGGUGUGUUUCUUGGGGCACCGGGCGGACGGCAGGUGUAAGCAGUAUCCGGCUCUAGACUCUGCCUCCAGUGUCUCCUGGGGCCCCUGACAGCCGCGUGGCAAAAGCGAGCUCUGAGCCGCAGGCAGGGGUGGCUCCGUUUGGAAAUGAACUGGCCGCCAACCCGCUGUCACCCCUGGUGGCUGCAGCGAGAGCUCUCCCCAGAUGGGUGCAGGCAGGCGCAGAGGGGACCGACCCGCAGCCCCUCGGUGCCCAGGGGGGCAAGUCAAUGCGCAUUACCGACGUAGCUCGUGGAGGUGUUGCCCACGCUGGUAGUCAGGUGACCUCAGUCCCCCGCCCCACCACCACCACGUGCUCGAGUCGCUGGGAGUUACAGCGCUGGUCAGUCUCCAGUAUAUCUCGGCUGCGGCCUCCGCCUGCUUACCGUUCGCCUCUGCGCCCCUAGAUCAGGAUCCCCGGGAGCUUGUUCAAGACGCACCCUCCUGGCCGGCCCCAUCCGUCGAACCAGGGAUGUCUUCUACAUGUUUCCAGAGUUCCCCUGACAACCAUGGAGAGGAGGGAAGGCCUUUCCUCUUGCUCCUCGGGGCAGGGCAGUGAUGGAGGUGCGCUCUAGAGCAGUUUGGGGAGGCCGACCCCGAGAGUUUUCAAAUGGAGGCAUAGUCUGAGCAAAUUUACUUUACUCCUUCCCGAUGAGCACAUCCAAAUGGAAGUGAUCCCCGGUGUCGCUCCACGCAUCUGUCUUUUGUUGACAUAACAGGCAUUUCCAUGGUCUCCGAACCUCUGCCUUGCUCACCCUUGCAGCGGGGAAAGGUUAGUGUCCCGGCUAUCGGCUUGAGCUCUCGGUUGUUGUGUUUAAUCUGGGAUUACGUGGGGGGUUUGUGCGGGAGAGGCCGAUGAUACCUGGAGGGGGUGUCCAACUGUUUUUUAGUGAUGACAGUAAAUGAGUCAGAUGAUUCAGCCUUGGGCGAAGCAGUGUCUAUGCAGUGUUUAUGCCAUUUCUUCUUCCCCUACACUGGAGCCUGCUCCCUUUAGCUGAAAAAGGAGGAAAGAAAUGUCCUAUGAAAGAAAGGCAGGUGCCAUUUAUUUUCAUAACUCAAUGAAGCUCCUUGACGACCAUUUUCUUUGCCAGUUGGUACGCUUCCAGAAGGGGAGCAUGGUGGUUGUUGGGGCAGAUCUGGCCCCGCAGGGUCCUUGGAGAGGGACGGAGCCCUCCAGCUGGUGCAGAGCCUCGGACCGGGGUAAGGUGCCCCGGCCCCAGUGCUGGGCCACAGGAUGGGGACUUUAGAUCCAUUUUUAUUUGGAGAGCUCAGAGCACAAGGUGAAUGUGGAAGACUGAUCGGCUAAGAAAACAAGGUCGUGUCAGCAAAUCAUGCCAUUUCCAGUUUCCUGCCCUGAGGCUUUCAGAUGCUGCAGAAGCCGCACGGCUUCUCAUCUCCCUUCAGCCGGUAGUCAUUUAAAGUUAUCUGGCUGUCUCGCAGAUCCCCCCCUUCUUUUUUAAAUCUAUUAUCCUUACGUAAAAGACAGCAGCAGAAUGCAAGCGCCAGAAGAGUGAGGGAAUUCUUUAAAGACUUAAAGCCAAGUCCAUGGCUUUGUUCACUGUGACAUCUUUCGCAGAUGUGAACUCUGGUGGCCUGAUGGUGGUGCCCGGGCCCCUGCCCCCCGGGGUGAGCAUUCUGAGGGAGCCCUUUCCAUUCUGUUACUUCUCACUUCAGAAAUGAUGUUAGCCUUUGGUUUUCGUUCUUCAUUCAGCCGUUGUGUCGUAGUUUUGGUUGUGAGUUUCCCAAAGCAGUGCGCCAUCUGGCAGUGACCAAUAUUCACUCAUCUGAGGAAACCGGCCCGUUUCCCUGAAUCUCUCGCAGGAGGGCAGGCACCUCGGCCCGCGGAAGCCCCUGGAAGGAGAGGACUCGGCCCUUGUACACAAACCUAUUUGCCAAAUCCAGCCAUGGCUCCUCGUGGCCCAAAGCUCGAGUGCCGCUUUGAGGUGAACCACGGUGACACGCAGUAAAGAACAGGACAUAGCUAACUUUUUUUAAAAGUAUUUUUAAAUCUCUCCUUUGCCCGAGCGCACUGGGUGUGUCAAUUCUCUGGCCCACACUAGGCUGCGGCCAAAGUCUACGGUGUCUUCAGCCAAUCACUAAUUUUAACUACAUUAGUUGAAUACAGUGGAUACAUCUGUGGACUCGUUUCUAGAAAGAGCACACCCAGCACUGUCGGGAUAUGACGUGCCAACAAAGAUGUAUGUAACUAUUAACAUGGAAGUGUAUGAUGUACGACUGUGUAAUAUUUCUAAUAAAUAUAUUUUGUUUCUGUCGGA